AAAAAGAGAAAGAAUUCUCAAUUUUCCUUCGUUUUCCGAGAAAGUGGAACAAAACGAAACGCUGAUUGAAUUCAGGAAAGCAAACACACGCACACAACCCGACCAGAUCCGCAAAUUGCAUCCUCGCGAAUCAGCACUUUUGUGCCAAAAGACAUUCAUCAAUCCCAAAUUUCGCGUUUUGAGCCGAAUCUGAUUCGAUAUCUGGGGCAACAGCCAUUUGAAUUCGACGACAAUCUGAAAUGGGUUUGGGUUGUUGAAUCGGAAGAUUAAGAUGGAAAGGGAAAAGUGGAAAGAGCAUAACAAUGGGUGUUACGAUACGUUUUUGUGUGAUUAUGAUGAUGGAGAGGUUCUGAGCAGAGAACAUAGCCCUACGAAAUCUUAUUCGGUGUCUUCAUCUCCACCAAGACUUGGUUACAUCGAACACCAUGUUUCCAAAUUCGACACUUUGGUUGGUAUCGCUAUCAAGUACGGUGUUGAGGUUGCGGACAUCAAAAAGAUGAAUGGCCUUGUUACAGACCAUCAGAUGUUUGCGCUUAAAAGUCUCCACAUUCCACUACCUGGAAGACACCCUCCUUCUCCUUGUUUAUCAAAUGGUUCAAAUACUCCAGGAUAUGGUUACUCUGAUCACAGUCUACCUAAUCUGGCACACCAUGAACUGCUUGAAUCAUUCCAGUCCCUGGGAAUGAAGUCGUUUGAGCGGAAGGUCUCCCCAGCCAUGAGCUCAUUACAGGGUUACUAUGGACUUAAAUUGACCUCUAGUUCCUCAGAUGGUUCAUUCUCCAGAACCUCACCUAUGUCUAACCGACCUCUAAGUCAUCACCGGAAAUCCAAAAGUUUGGUCAAUGUAAUAUUGGAAGAGAUUAUGGAAAAGUCUGAUAUUGCACCAGCUGCAAAAACCAGGGAAGUUGACUCCAAUAAAUUGAAUGAUAAACUUGUCCAGAGACGUCAGAAAUCUGUAGCUGACUUUACCCAGAUACCAGAGUUGCUUAUGAGGGAGGAUAGUAGCAGCAGCGGUGGUCUUCCAUCAAGAAAAGGAAAGGGCUUGGCUCUGCGACCGAAAGCGGCUAGCCGAACUGCAGCGACAACUGAUUCUGAAUCAAGUGCUUUGAAUGCUGUGCCUAUAGGUGUGGGGGAGGCUUAUCUAAAUGAUGGUUCAUCUGGGGUGAGGAAAUCAUCAAGCACUUCUUGUUUACAAGAUGAAGAAAACAGUGGUUCUUCAUCCAUUUGGCCAACCUCAAUGUGGAGUUUGAAACCAGAUUUACAGGCAUUUUCAACUGCAACAAUUGCAAAACCAAUCUUUGAUGGCUUGCCCAAGCCUACCGGUCGAAGAAAUAAAGCUGCACUUGAUUAAUGUAUAGUUUAUCAAAACAAUUUUGAUCCCCUUUGUCAAGUUAAGGAAUCAUUAGCCGCUACACCUAUGGGUAGAUUGGAGGAAGAAAAACAAUGUAGAAGGGACGUAAAAAUCAAACAUUACAUUUUAUUUCUUAGAAUAGGGGCAUUAUUUUUAUGCCAGAAAAUACUAAAAUUUUUUAUUUUUAAAAUUUGUCUUGGCUCCUCAAUAGCCAUCUUAAGAACGCUCGACGUUUUUUUGGACUACAAAUCAUUUUGUUUUUUAAUAAACAACUAAUAUAUUUAACUCAUAGUGAACUUUUGCGGGUUUGGUCGUUUUGGCACCUUAAAGUGAUAGGUGAAAGUACUAGUUUAACAGGGGUCUAAUUCUGACUGAGCAACAUGCUCAAAUUUAACACCUGUGAUAUGAUUUCUACGUAAUUUGAAUUCUCAAAUCUAUUCUAGUAAUUGGCCUAUAGAUCACUACAGAAAGUUCAUUCUAGCCUUUGUGCUUCUUAUACUGUCUAAAUUUACAUUUGCCAUAAUCACUAGUUAGUUUGGGAACGUUACAUGAACAAACGAAGCUGUUGUUGACGUUAGUGAAUGGCCAGAUAAUUAUUAAAAUAUACAGAUAAUGAGUUCGCCACUCAUUAAGCAAGCAUUAUACGUUUAACGGGUUCGGUAAAACCGAAAGUUUUUAAUGUCAUGCUACCAAAAAAACCAUUUCAAACAAAACAAACGUAUAAUAACUAAGUUGUCAUUAUUAUGUAAGCCGAGAUGAAGAAAUUUACCAUUAAAAUUCAUUAUUGUGAAUAUCACCUAUUUGGUCACGAAAUUAAAAAAGGUGUAAAAUAGUACUUACUCGUUUAUAAUUAAAGAAAUGUAGUCAUAAUACAUAAUCCUAAACUGCCCAAUACACUUCGAUACAAAAUUGUGCAACGUAACAUUACCAAAAUGUGUUGGUAUGAAUAAAAAGGGUUUGAAUUUCAAAAGAACGAGAGGUUGGAUGAUAAUCUUUCUCUCAUUUACCUAAAAUUGACACUAAUUCAUCUAUUUAUAAUAUAUAAAAGCUACAAUGCAAACUAUAUUGUUAAAUUUAAAUCAAGUAUACAUGCAACACAAGUUUUUAUUGGCCAAAAGCAAUGUGAUUAGAAUACUUUUUCAUCUUCCAUUUAAUAUGACAAAAUAAUAGCAUGACAAGGAACCAUUGCCAACAAGAAAAAUCAAUUGCUAUUGAAUAAGAAUAUUUUUAUUAUUAUAUGUAGUAAACGUUUGCCUAUAGAAAGCAUGCAUGUGAGUUCUUAAAUAAAAUUUUAAAAAGUUCUCUUCCUCUGUUUCUUAAUUUUGCUAUAUGUGAGAGAGUUUAUAAUGGCCAACUGAUAUCAAAUUGGUAUUAAAGUUGGUUAGAUCCAACAUUGGUAGUGUGAGCUUGAGAGAA